AGUAAAUAUAAUAUGUAAAAGUAACUCCUUGAAAAUUAUGCCAGCUUUUGGUUUGCUGUAUUUUGUUCAACCUUUCGGUAGUCAAAAUUGUUAAAAAUACUUUUGUUUUUUGUUUUCUAAAUUAUGAGUUAUCCUAUAAACUUGUCAAAGAAAUCCACUUCCUUGGCCUUUUACCACCAUAUUGCGGAUCCCGUCAAGGAGGAGCAGCCCAGCCUUUUGCGCUACAGGCAUAAGAAACGCCCACCACCCAAGGAGCUAAAGAAGCAGUUGGAUCAGCGCCAGAAGGCGGCGGAGGAGCGACGCACCAUGCUGCAGGAGGAGAUGGUACAGAAGCUGUCCGUCCGGCUGGCCCGAGUGGCUUUGAUCGCUGAUCGCCACCAAAGACAGACCACUAGCAGCUGGGAAAAUGCACAGAAGCGUUAUACCCGCGACGUGGACGAGCAUGUGCGUCGGCGUACAGAGCAGAUCUCGCUGCGGCUGAAAGAUCUCACCAGUCACAAUCAGGCGGUGCAGGAGCGAAAGGAUGCGGUCAUGCGGGAGCGGUACCUCCAGAAACUGGACCACAUUUACGAGUCUAGGAAUCCCAAAACACUUUCGAGAGUUUUUAAGAAUGUUUGAGCUUAAUUAUGUCGAAUGUAAAUUUAAAAACAAAAUUUAUUGGUCUUUAAUUAUGCAAAAUAAAUAAAAAAAUAUGUACAGUAAAGUA